AUGCCUCUCAGCCUGUCGGCACACGACACGCGAGCCGCCAUCAGCUCCCAUGCCGUCGGGCAGCUCUUUACACUUCUACAUCGCCCGGUGAGGACAUAUUCCCUCCACUACCUGCCUCCUUCGAAUAAUCGUGGGCCCGACUCUAGCUGGGCAUAUGAUUGCGGGAAAUUCUUGGUCCGAUCAACUGGUUUCGAGACUCAUCAGUGCAAACGUCAAUGCUAG